UUAAAAUCUUUAAGUAUGAUUUAUCUAGUGACGCUAUGGUAUUCCAGUUCUAUUUUAAUUUCAUAGAUAAAUGAAAAUAGAAAUGUGAAAACCCGUUUGUUACUAAAAACGGCAAAUAUGUCAAUAUCUGGCAAUCUUAAUCCAUUCAGUUGAAAGGGCUCCAUAAAGUAAGAGAGCUAUUUAAAGGAACAUGGCUUGAAGUGGCUGCACACUGCUCAAGCUAGAAAAACUGUUGCAAACUUGACAAAUUGUCUACCGAGUAAUGAAUAUUAACAACACCGGCACGUACUUUCUACAGGAUGGCAGACAACUAUUAUCGACUGGUGACAUUUGUCGUGAAUAUCUGCCCGAAACCUUUAAGAGCCUUUUUUGUCUCUAAGGCAGAAUCCGAUCCAAACCAUAUCUAUACUGGCGUGAAAGAAUAUCUACAAAUUCGGGAAUCUGAUAUCAGAAAGAUACGGCAAAUCAGACCAGAUCAACUUGAUCUGAUUUAUCCACCUUUUGGGUCUGUUGAUAUAGAAAAUUGGGACGCUACUCUGCUGAUACUUUUGCUUAAGGAAUUGUUUCCAAAACGAUUACAACAAAAUGAAAGAGACUGCCUCCGCGAUAUAACUGAGAUAAGAAACAGUUUACAACAUAUUGCAAGCACUGAACUUGUAACUGACCAACAAUUCAACAAAAUAUGGGACUGCCUGAGAGAUGCUGUUGUGAAGUUAAAGACGCUAUCAGGGUCAACGACAUUAGUCGCCAUAGAUGACGAAAUUAAAUCAGUAUUACAUGGUAACAUGCCAUCUCUUGCAGAUGUGCGUAAUACAUGGCUAAAGUCUCUUUACUAUGAACUUUUGUUACAAAACUCGGAACUUGCCGAGGAAAUGAAAAAUCUGAAAGAAAAACUCCAGUUGCAGCAUACAGAACUUACGAAAGAAGUAAUAACUGCAAAAGAAAACUCUAGAGGAUCAAAAAAGAUUUUAACAAAAGUAGCUGUUAAAAGGAAGGGACGCUCAGGUGUUGCUGAAAAAAGAUUAAAAGUUUUUGAUGAUAAAAUAGAUCGAAUGAAAGGUAAACUCACGAGAGCACUGUUAGAAGAAAAUGACUGCAAAGAAAAUUUCAAGCACGCAAUUUCCGAGAUUUUACAACAGCUAACCGAUAACCAUCGUGUGAUUGUGACCGGUUUUGACAACAAAUUAACGUACAAAUGUGCACUUGCCGCCGUACAAGAACGAAAAUACGACCGAAUUGACCAAGUUUUAGAAAUAAACAAUCCGUCAGACUGGAAAAGAAUUUGCUCAGAAGAUGCACAGUUUGUCCUGUUUCGGGAACCGUUUGGGGUAUCAACUUAUGAUUCUCACAAAGUUGAAGUGAUGUGUGAAGAAUUUGACAGUAUGAUACAAGCAUCUGAUGACGAUAAUGAUGAUGUCAUUGAUAUCGUCAUAGUAACCAACCAAAGGCUCCUGAAUGAGGUGACUAGACGUAAUGAACAUGAGAUGCUAUCACCAUCUUCGACCGUAUACAUAGAUUCUACAGCGGGUAAAUCAACAGGUAGCUAUGGUUGUCUUCCAUUCUUACCGAAAACAAAAGUUGUAGUAGAGUUUUAAGAGAGUCCAAUACUCGCUUAAAAUAAAAACUUUUUUUAUAGAUCCAACUUUGGUGUUCCUCGUGCAUUAAUAAUUAACAAAGUAAAAGAAAAGGCUAGGUUAAAGCGAUGUUGAAAACUGCCCUAUCAAUGAAACAUCAUGAUUCGUAAUAGGUUAGUUAAGGGAAUGUUUUUAAGUAAAACAAACACAUUUUGGCUUUCAAAACUAUAUUCUUCUAUCCAUGGCAACACAGAUUCACAUACUUAAAAUAAUAUUAUUUCUUCAUUAAAGGCAUAGAUUCAUAUGUGUUCCUUUAUUUAUAAAAUAUUGCAUUUAAAGUGACAUUAUGUUCAUAUUUUCAUUGUAAAGUUGAUCUGAGUUGACAUUAUAUUUCAAAAGAUUGACUGUUUAGAUGAUGUUUGACCAACAGAUUAUAUUGAGAAAAUGAGAAUAUUUUGUAAUUUCAUAAAUACAAACUGAUCUACAGAGUGCUUUGUGUUGCCUAUAGUUCAGAUUAAAAUUUCCUCAUUAUUAUUAUUUCAAUGAUUAUAAUUUAACUGUAAUGAUUCUG